AUUUGGGGUGGUUCUUGAAUAUGGGCGGCUUGUUUUCAUAUCCAGGUCUUUUUUUUUUUUCUCUCCUUCCUUUUUCUUGCUUUUCCUUUAAGGUCUUCUCUCAUCUAAACAAGAGGAACACGCAGCAAUGCAACACCCCCCAGCUCGGCUCCAGGCCUGGAGCCCGAGACAGAAGAAGCCGACACCUUGGAUUCUCGAUUCCCCCGUUCUGGACUUCAAUCUUUUCUCUCUUUUCCCUUUUUUGGGUUUCUUUUUUCUGUUUCAAGAGGCUUUCUUAAGAGAUACCCCCAUCGGCAUUACACUGGUUUGGAAGAUACCAACCGCUGCUGCGCAUUCGCUUUCUUUCAUUUCCUUGGACUUGGGUUCCUGUCUUGCGGAUGAUUCACGACGACCAUUCUAUCACGAAUGACGAAGGUCCACGACUGCGCGACGAACGAUACAGAUCAAGAACGACGUUGCUCCGGGGCUCGAUGCCACGACACACGCCAACACUCUUGGUUUUCUUUUUCGCUUCGCACAGAGUUUCGGAUUUUCGGUUUUGGCGACAAAGACUUGCAACCCGGACUGGAUCCAAUAAUGGCAACGCUCUUAAUCGCAGAAGGUCGAUCUGCGAAGCCAUCAUCUCGUAGCCGAGACUUGGCCGUAUCCGGAAUACGGCCGUCGAGGCAGGCACCGGCUUGCCGACAGGAUCUUGGCCGACAUGGAAAUGAAGGAGAGAUGGGAUCAAAUCAACAAAACAAAAAACAAGCUGGGCAUCGCGAAGACGACAUCUUGCUGCGCGAGACACGAUGCAAAAGACCUCUUGCCGAAGCCCAUAGCUCUGCCCCCCCCCCACAACGACACCUCCCCCGCCCGAUCUGCGCGGGAACGACGAACCCACACCGGGCCAUGCUGAUCACCCCACCCGGGCGCCCAAGUACGACACGACGGAUCCUGCUAGCCGGGACCGGGUGUGAACGGAACGCGGCUGCCCGGGAUGGGGGUCAUUGUGUGGAUGCUGGGAAAAAGGGGGGUCGCGCCCGUGACAGUGUCGGGGCUGGGGAGGGAUGGGGUCAAGGGGGGCCAGAAGCUUGAGGCGACACGUAGCUCGCUCUCGUGCGUGGGGAACCCGACCCCCAAACCCCGAUCCCUUUCUGCCGCCGAAGAAGAUUCGGAGAAGCAUUCGGUUGCUUGGCCUCUGGAUGGGGAGUGGGGGAGAGGCUGAACAAGCCGCCCGGGACGUUGACGUUCCGGGCGGCAGAGAGCGCUGGGAAACUGGAAAUGGUUUUUAUUUUUGGCAGAGCGGAUGUGGGGGGAAAACGUUGGCGGACCCGG